AAAAGUUGGUUUAUAAUAAGCCAGAAAACUGGUUUAAAAAUUCAUUUAACCUGCAUUUGGCUUCUCUAACCUGGAUGAAAACUUUUGCACAAUUCUCCAUACUCUGCUCUGUGAAUGAUGACGUCAUGGCAGAUAACUACUGAUAACCAUUAGACAGAACUAAAAGUUUAAUUUUGUCAGAGCUGAAAAAGGCUAAAAGCAGUAAUUUAGAAUUUCCGAGCAUUUUCAGGUCARGGAACGCACCACUCUUAACUGUUAAAGUGACAGCGCAGUGAGCCAAUCAGCGACCAUCGUCCACUCCCUCCGGCCAAUGAAACAGUGCGGGAGGUGGAGCUUAGACAUCUGAAGGCUUGUGCUUGGUUUCACGGCGCCGUCUGCUCCUGUUUUAUUGGCGCAGGUGAUCCGUGUGAGGAUGCGAGAGGAGCGCGGAGGAGAGGGGAAGACAGAGGGGAAACCGCCGAGGGGAACCAGUCCAAGACUCGGUUGAGGGGAAGCAGGGAUACCGGCCAGUCUCCAGUUUGUCCCGAGCGAUGAGGGAUCCAGCGAAAGGGGCACUUUGAGAUAUGAUGAGGCUUUUUUCUGCUCGGUGACAGUACUAUGAUUUGGUAUGUGGCCACUUUGAUAGCAAGUGUUUUCAGCACCCGAGGAUCGGCCGCUCAAGGUGCCCACGGAGUGCGAGAGGAGCCCCAGUUUGUGACGGCACGCGCAGGAGAAAGUGUCAUCUUGGGAUGCGAUGUGUCCCACCCACUGAAUGGACAGCCCUACGUGGUAGAGUGGUUCAAAUAUGGAAUGCCAAUCCCUUUCUUCAUCAACUUUCGCUUCUACCCUCCUCAUGUGGACCCAGAGUAUGCAGGCCGAGCCAGUCUGUACGGAAAGUCAUCCUUGCGGAUAGAGAAUGUGCGUUCAGAUGACCACGGCUGGUACGAGUGUAAAGUGCUAAUGCUUCAGCAGCAGUACGACACCUUCCACAAUGGCAGCUGGGUGCAUCUAACUGUCAACGCGCCCCCCACAUUCACAGACACAUCACCUCAAUAUGUCGAGGCCAAAGAAGGGGGGAGCAUCACAUUGACCUGCAUGGCAUUCGGCAAUCCCAAACCCUCUGUCAGCUGGCUGCGGGAAGGCAGCCUUCUGACCACCAGUGCCAAGUACAAGGUUUCAGAUGGAAGUCUGACGGUGCUAACCAUAACCCGAGAGGAUCGAGGGGCCUACACAUGUCGAGCCUUUAGCCCACAGGGAGAGGCCAUCCACACAACACGGCUGCUAGUCCAAGGCCCUCCAUUUAUUAUAUCACCUCCAGAAAACAUCACAGUGAACAUCUCCCGUGAUGCCUUCUUCACGUGCCAGGCAGAGGCCUAUCCUCGCAACCUGACCUACACCUGGUUCUGGGAGGAGGACAACGUCUUCUUCAAGAAUGACCUGAAGCGGAGAGUCAGUAUUCUCAUUGAUGGGUCCCUCAUCAUUGCACAAGUCCAACCAGAGGACGCUGGAAAAUAUACAUGUUCCCCCAGCAACAGCCUGGGCCAGCCACCAUCUGCCUCUGCCUACCUAACAGUGCAAUAUCCUGCCCGUGUGGUAAACAUGCCAUCAGUCAUCUAUGUGGCCAUCGGUCUGCCAGGGUUCAUCCGCUGCCCAGUAGAUGCUAACCCCCCUGUAACACUGGUGAAGUGGAAAAAAGAUGGCCUUCCUCUGCGGAUAGACAAGUACCCUGGUUGGAACCAAAUGGACGAUGGGAGCAUCCGUGUGUCAGAGGUGACAGAGGACUCUCUCGGCACCUACACCUGCAUGCCUUACAAUGCCCUGGGUUCCAUGGGAUGGUCCUCUCCUGCUCCCCUGGUGCUAAAGGAUCCUCCAAAGUUCUCUGUGGUUCCUGGAGGGGAGUACAGACAAGAGGCUGGGAGAGAACUGGUCAUCCCCUGUGAGGCAGAGGGAGACCCCUUUCCAAACAUCACAUGGCGAAAGCAGGUAGGGAAGCCCAGUAACAGCAAGCACAAUGUUUUGCCCCGAGGCAGCUUACAGCUGAAGUCACUUACAAAGGAGGACCACGGAGAGUGGCAAUGUGUCGCCACCAAUGUUGCCACAAGCAUCACUGCCAGCACACACGUCCAAGUCAUAGGCACAAGCCCCCARGCCCCCACCAACGUCCUGGUGGUGGCCUCCUCCACCUGGGCCAACGUGUCCUGGGAGGCCAGCUACAACGGAGGCUUCCAGCAGACAUUCUCAGUCUGGUAUGGCCAUGUGCUGAAGAGGGAGCGUUUAGGUCCUCAUGACUGGGUUUCCAUAUCUGUUCCUGGAGGCCACAACUGGAUGAUGGUGCCUGGCUUGGAACCAGAGACAACAUACCAGUUUAGUGUCCUGGCCCAGAACAAGCUUGGCACAGGCCCCUUCAGCGAAGUUGUCACUGUGAACACACUAGUAUUUCCUACAAGUACCCCUGAACCACUGGUGCUGCUUACCCCACCACGGUGCCUCACAGCCAAUCGCACGCAGCAGGGAGUCCUGUUGACCUGGAUCCCACCUGCCAAUCACACAGCACCUAUCCAGCAUUAUGUGAUGGAGUUCCGCCUGGGGGAACGAUGGGAGAUUUUGGACGACAGCAUUCCUCCUGGGGAGUUGGAGCUGCUUGCCCGAGACCUCAUCCAGGAGGCGUGGUAUGAGUUCCGCAUCAUGGCCUUAAUGGAUGACAUCAUCAGUGAGCCAAGUAAUGUGGUCGGAGUAUCCAGCACAGACUUCUUCCCACCUCCGGAGCUAGUGGAAGAGCGUGGACUGACCCGGCCUGUAGUUGCCGGCAUCAUCGCCACUAUCUGCUUCCUGGCAGCAGCGAUCCUGUUCAGUACCAUGGCUGCCUGCUUUGUCAACAAACAGCGCCGCAAGAAGCUCAAGAGGAAAAGAG